AUUCCUGAAAAAGUCAAAGUACAAGUCACUUACUUGUCACUUGUCAAAUCUUAUAAGAAUACAGGAGUUUGGAGUUUGUUGAUGACUAGUGAAAAUUGAUCCCUCAAGACAUUUGCUACCGUUUUUUUGUGAUUAUUAGGUUCCCUUAUCUAAAUAAUGGGGCAAAGCCAGUCUGGACCUGGAGGUAGUGAUAAGAAAGAUGAAAAGGAUAAAAAGAAAAAAUACGAGCCCCCAAUUCCAACUAGAGUAGGUAAGAAAAAGCGCCGUACUAAAGGACCAGAUACUGCGUUGAAGCUUCCUGCUGUAACUCCUCAUACAAGAUGUAGGCUUAAAUUACUGAAAUUGGAGAGGAUAAAGGACUAUCUCUUAAUGGAAGAAGAAUUUAUUCGUAAUCAGGAACGUCUUAAGCCUCAGGAAGAAAAAAAUGAGGAAGAAAGGUCCAAAGUUGAUGACCUAAGAGGAACUCCAAUGUCGGUUGGAACACUAGAAGAAAUAAUUGACGAUAAUCAUGCAAUAGUUUCUACUUCUGUUGGUAGUGAACAUUACGUUAGUAUCUUAUCUUUUGUUGAUAAGGAUCAACUUGAACCAGGAUGCUCAGUUCUUUUGAAUCAUAAAGUCCAUGCAGUUGUUGGUGUACUUGGUGAUGAUACUGACCCUAUGGUAACUGUAAUGAAAUUAGAGAAAGCUCCCCAAGAAACUUACGCGGAUAUUGGAGGAUUAGAUACACAAAUUCAAGAAAUUAAGGAGUCUGUAGAACUACCUUUAACCCAUCCAGAGUAUUAUGAAGAAAUGGGUAUUAAACCUCCAAAGGGUGUUAUAUUGUAUGGACCACCAGGUACAGGGAAAACACUUUUAGCUAAAGCAGUAGCAAAUCAAACGUCAGCAACAUUUUUGAGGGUUGUUGGAUCUGAACUCAUUCAGAAAUAUCUGGGAGAUGGUCCAAAACUUGUAAGAGAAUUAUUUAGAGUAGCAGAAGAACAUGCACCCUCCAUCGUUUUCAUAGAUGAAAUAGAUGCAGUGGGAACAAAACGUUACGAUUCAAACUCUGGUGGUGAAAGAGAAAUUCAGAGAACUAUGUUGGAACUUCUAAAUCAAUUGGAUGGUUUCGAUUCGAGGGGAGAUGUAAAAGUUAUUAUGGCAACAAAUCGAAUUGAAACAUUGGAUCCUGCUCUUAUAAGACCUGGUAGAAUUGAUAGGAAAAUUGAAUUUCCACUUCCAGAUGAAAAGACUAAAAGAAGAAUUUUCAAUAUUCAUACUUCAAAAAUGACAUUAGCUGAUGAUGUCAAUCUUCAAGAUCUCAUUAUGGCUAAAGAUGAUCUAUCUGGGGCUGACAUUAAGGCAAUCUGUACUGAAGCUGGUUUGAUGGCCUUAAGGGAAAGGAGAAUGAAAGUUAUGAAUGAAGAUUUCAAAAAAUCUAAAGAAAGUGUUUUAUACAGGAAGAAGGAAGGUACUCCUGAAGGGUUGUAUCUUUAGUGUUGUAAAUGUUAAUUGAAACUAAUACAUUUCUUCUACAGUAAAAAAUAUAAUUUGAGUAUUUAUAUACUAUAAUUUUCUUAAUUGAAUAAAUUAUGAUGUCAU